AUGUAUGGUGCUUUGGCCUUAAGCGCCGACACAUGCAAAAGAUGGUUUGCUCGCUUCCGUUCUGGAGAAUUUAACCUCCAAGAUGCACCACGCUCUGGACGGCCAAAUUCUGUUGACGACCAACUUCUGGCUACAGUGAAGAGUGAUCGACACUUAACGACUCGAGAGAUUGCAAAGCGUUUCGGCAUUCAUCAUACAACCGUUAUGGAUCGAUUAAAAAAGCUUGGCAUGAUGAAAAAGCUUGAUGUAUGGGUGCCGCACGAACUGAGCGAAGAGAACAUCAUGGAUCGGAUUUUAGUGUGUGAAUCUCUCCUGAAACAAAACUCUCUAGACCCAUUUCUGAAACGGAUCAUCACUGGAGACGAGAAAUGGGUUGUCUACAACAACAUUAAGCGGCGGAAGUCGUGGUGCGGUCCGGGCGAGUCUUCACAAACAAAACCUAAUUUGGCAAAACCUAAUUUGCAUCCAUAG